CAUAUAACCUUGUCUAGUGAAGCUACUAAACAUGCUCAUGUAACCUUGUAUAGUGAAGCUAUUAAACAUGCUCAUGUAACCCUGUCUAGUGAAGCUACUAAACAUGCUCAUGUAACCUUGUCUAGUGAAGCUACUAAACAUGCUCAUGUAACCUUGUCUAGUGAAGCUACUAUACAUGCUCAUGUAACCUUGUCUAGUGAAGCUACUAAACAUGCUCAUGUAACCUUGUCUAGUGAAGCUACUAAACAUGCUCAUGUAACCCUGUCUAGUGAAGCUACUAAACAUGCUCAAUCUACUAAACAUGCUCAUGUAACCUUGUCUAGUGAAGCUACUAAACAUGCUCAUGUAACCUUGUCUAGUGAAGCUACUAAACAUGCUCAUGUAACCCUGUCUAGUGAAGCUACUAUACGUGCUCAUGUAACCUUGUCUAGUGAAGCUACUAAACAUGCUCAUGUAACCAUGUCUAGUGAAGCUACUAAACAUGCUCAUGUAACCUUGUCUAGUGAAGCUACUAAACAUGCUCAUGUAACCUUGUCUAGUGAAGCUACUAAACAUGCUCAUGUAACCUUGUCUAGUGAAGCUACUAAACGUGCUCAUGUAACCUUCUCUAGUGAAGCUACUAUACGUGCCCAUAUAACCUUGUCUAGAGAAGCUACUAAACGUGCUCAUGUAACCCUGUCUAGUGAAGCUAUCACUAAAAUGUGUACCUUUAGUAGUGUACACAAUUUCAUGUGA